AUGGGUUGCUGUGGAAUUGGAGGUAGUGAGAGAGUAGAUGAAAAAGACAUGAAAAAGGACGAAGCUGGUCUCAAAAUCAUUAGUGAUCAAAAAGAAGCAAUUGAGACAUUUUCUGGCAAAAAGUAUUCAGUUUUUGUUCCUAAAAGCUACGACUCCAAGGCUGGAGAGAAAGAUACCUUCAGAUACAGAGCUAUCGUAGAAACCGCAGAUACAUCUAAGAAAGAUAAUGAAAGUGCAAAAAUCUUAGUUGUCCUAAAUGAGAAGGCUGAAACUGGUAAACCAAAGAAGUACACAGUAGUUAAAGUGGAGAAAUAUACUGCAACUGUUGAGAAACCAGAUGCCAAAGAUGAGAAUGCCGGCAAGGCCGCUAGAGAUGCACCGGCUGCGCAAGACGGAUCAUAAAUAUCUUAUUCUUGACACCAUUUUACUGCAAA